AUGAAGCUCAAUUUCCCUGGAAAUAGGGGUAACUUGUAUGUUUCCGUAUUUGCAGCGAACCUUGCGUCAAUUUCCAUAGGCACGCACUACAGUUGGACCUCACCCGCACUGCCAAAAUUGGAAGCUCCUGGUUCGUUUAUUCACCUAACCAGUAAUGAAGCUUCAUGGGUGGGCUCACUGACGGCUCUUGGGACAGUAUUCGGCCCAUUCCUCGGAGGCUGGGUGAUGGACAAAUUGGGAAGGCGCUGGACCAUGAUGCUAUCCGUUGUGAUGAACCUGAUCGCCUGGGCCGUCCUACUCGCCGCUACAGCUGUCUGGCACAUUUACGUGGGCCGCUUCCUAGGAGGCAUCUCGGGAGGCGUUUUGAUUGUGGGAGUUCCCGUCUAUGUAGCCGAGAUAGCUCAGCCACAAGUCAGAGGUCCUGCGGGCGCCAUAUUUGCUUUUUUAAUUGUGGGAGGAUUUCUCAUAGAAUAUGUAUUCGGCCCAUAUGUCUCCUAUUCAACACUCAUCUAUAUAAACUUCAUACCACCAGUUUUAUUCCUUUUGUUCUUUACCUUAAUCCCAGAAUCUCCCCAUUAUCUUAUUCGAAAGAACAACGUGUCAAAGGCCUUAGAGAGCCUCACCUGGCUUAGAAAAGGCUGUUCCUCCCAAGAAAUACAAGAAGAGUUCACCGAGCUACAGGAUGCAGUCCACCAGUCCGAGGCAGAGAAGGCCAGAGUGUCAGAUCUGGUGAGAGUUAGAGGUAACCGCAAAGGUCUGAUUAUCUCCAUCUGUCUACUGUGCGGCCAGCAACUCAGUGGCAUUAACAUAGUUCUAUUCUACGCUCAGAGUAUCUUCAUAAUGUCCGGUACUUCCAUCUCCUCCAGCGUGUCAUCCAUUGUACUUGGCGUAGUCCUCUUUGCAGUUCAAGGACUGGCUGUUCCUCUAACCAAGUUGUUUGGCGUAAAAAAUAUGCUGAUCGUGUCGGCUGCAUGUAUGGCAGUAUUCCAGUUUUCGUUGGGUGUUUUCUUCUACUGCAUCUACAAUGGCUACAAUAUGUCUUCCUAUCCGUGGUGGCCGCUUGCCAGUCUAGUAGGUUAUAUCAUCAGUUUUGGUUCAGGUUUCGGAAGUCUGCCGUACACCGUGAUGGCCGAAAUGUUCCCAUCCAACGUGAAGAGCAUUGGAUCUGCUAUAUCGGCUGGGAGCAGCUGGUUUAUGGCUUUCUUGGUCACCCUGUUUUUCAACAACAUCUCCGAAAGCUUGGGUCCUCACUUUGCAUUCUUCAUUUUGUCCAUCUUCUGCAUCAUAUCUUUCCUCUUCACUAUUCUCUUCGUGCCUGACACAAGAGGGAUGACUCUCCAGGAGAUCCUGGACUUGCUCAACAAUCAGCGAGGUGCUAAAUCUAAAGAUGCAGUCCACCAAUCAACGGCAGAGAAGGCCAAUGUGUCAGAUCUGGUGAGAGUUAGAGGUAACCGCAAAGGUCUGAUUAUCUCCAUCUGUCUACUGUGCGGCCAGCAACUCAGUGGCAUUAACGUAGUUCUAUUCUACGCUCAGAGUAUCUUCAUAAUGUCCGGUACUUCCAUCUCAUCCAGCGUGUCUUCCAUUGUACUUGGCGUAGUCCUCUUUGCAGUUCAAGGACUGGCAGUUCCUCUAACCAAGUUGUUUGGCGUAAAGAACAUGAUGGUCGUGUCGGCAGCAGGGAUGGCAGUAUUCCAGGACUGCAAGACUUUAGGUUUCGGAAGUCUGCCGUACACCGUGAUGGGCGAAAUGUUCCCAUCCAACGUGAAGAGCAUUGGAUCUGCUAUAUCGGCUGGGAGCAGCUGGUUUAUGGCUUUCUUGGUCACCCUGUUUUUCAACAACAUCUCCGAAAGCUUGGGUCCUCACUUUGCAUUCUUCAUUUUGUCCAUCUUCUGCAUCAUAUCUUUUCUCUUCACUAUUCUCUUCGUGCCUGACACAAGAGGGAUGACUCUCCAGGAGAUCCUGGACUUGCUCAACAAUCAGCGAGUCGGUCGCUUCUCGGCCUUUUGGCUAAGAUCAAAGUCCGACGCGGUUCUGGACCACCUUAUCGCUGCAAUCCGUCCGUUGCCGGGGGUGGAAGUGCGCCGGAAUCAGCGUGUCCCUCUGGACCGCCUAUUGGUCAAUCGCGAGGUUCCGGAUGACUUGGUUCGCCUCCGUCCGGAUGUGGUGGUCAUCGACGAUUCACGCAAAACCAUUCGGAUCGUCGAUGUCACCAUGCCCUAUGAAGACGGUUGGCGUGCUAUAGUCGAGGCUAGAGAGAGGAAUCACACCGCUUACCUGCGCUCCGGCGGCUUCACUGUAACUCUGGAUGCUUUUGUCGUCGGCGCGUUGGGUGCUUGGGACAGGGCUAACUGGGACACUGGCUCGCUUGGGUGUCUCACGGCAGUACGGUGUCGCCCUCUCCCGCCGUUGUGUCUCCACAGCGAUCCAGUGGAGCCGGGACCUCUAUGUCCAACAUGUGACGGGUGUAUAGAUAACUUACAAGUGGUCAAAUCUGAUCAAAACAUCAGACGGUUCAUCAUGCGACUGUCAUUGCCAGGCAUCAAGGGCAAUCUCUACUUCUCUGUACUUGCAGCUAACCUAGCAGCUGCGGCUGUGGGUACCCAAUACACAUGGUCUUCACCAACCAUCCCGAGACUCCAGGAGUCCGACUCGAGUCUACCGAUUACCGACGAGCAGGCCUCCUGGCUCGGGUCCUUGACAGCUCUGGGCACCGUGUUCGGACCUUACCUCGGAGGCUGGCUGCUGGACCUGGUGGGUCGCCGUUGGACCAUCUUUUCCGCGGUGGUGCUCGGCAUUCUCUCGUGGUGUGUGGUACUCCCUGCGACCACCGUCUGGCAGAUCUACAUAGGUCGGUUUCUCGGCGGCAUGGCCGGAGGCAUUGUCUUCUUGUCCAAUCCCACGUAUGUGGCUGAAAUAUCCGAGCCCGACGUGAGAGGGGCUUUGGGGACGAUUUUUGGAUUUUUCUUGGUUGGCGGGUUUCUGAUGGAGUAUAUAUUUGGCCCGUUCGUCUCCUACUCUGCCCUCAUCUUCAUAAACCUGGUGCCGUCCAUAGCCUUCUUCCUCCUCUUCGCCUUCAUCCCCGAGUCUCCGCACUACUGUCUGCGGAAAGGCGACGUCUCCGGGGCUGUGGUAAUCCUCUCUUGGCUCAGGACCGGCCGUGGCCUGAAUGAAGUCAAAAACGAAACAAACGAAAUCAGGGCGGAGGUUCAGCGGUCAAUGGCAGAAAGAGUGAAACUGUCAGAUCUUGUGAGUACGAGAGGUAAUCGCAAGGGUCUGGUCAUCGCCUGCGGGAUGGUCGCUGGACAACAGCUGAGUGGCAUCAACGUGGUCCUCUUCUAUGCCCAGAGUAUCUUCAUCAUGUCCGGUACCUCCUUCUCCUCCAGCGUGUCUUCCAUCGUCGUUGGAGCGCUGUUGUUCAUCGUGCAGGGCUUGGCGGCACCCAUAGUCAGAUGCUUUGGCAUGAAGAACAUGUUCAUCUUCUCAGCUAUUGGAAUGUCUAUUUUUCAGGUUGCACUGGGUGUGUACUUCUACUUUAACCAGAAAGUGGACAUGUCCGCCUACGGCUGGCUCCCUGUCGUCAGUUUGGUGGGCUAUAUACUGACAUAUAGCGUGGGGUUUGGACCACUAGCAUUCGCAGUGAUGGGGGAAAUGUUCCCCUCCAAUGUGAAGGCGAUCGCAUCCGCUGUAACCGUGUCCUUCGCAUGGUUCCUGUCCUUUCUGCUGACCAAGUUCUUCAACAACAUCUCCGAGCUCAUCGGCCCCUAUGUUGCUUUCUUCCUUUUCGCUUUUUUCUGUGUCGUUGCCCUGUUCUUCACGAUCUUCGUCCUCCCAGACACUAGGGGCAUGACCUUGCAAGAUAUACUGGACUUGUUGGAUGGACGAUAGCUAAAUCACUUUCGACAUAAAUUAACUUGGAAAAAUGUGAUAGCUUAGGAUAUAUUAAUUUCACCAAGUCAAAAUUAAAGCAUUUUAAAUCUCCAAUGGGA